CAUGAGCCAUUUCAUUGUUCGUUAGUAGAUUUUAUAAAAAUGCUAUUCGCCGUGCAACAGCGCAACAGUUGAAUUUACGCGCUCGUACUCUCUUAACAUACUCACCUUGCCGGCAAGUCGCACUAAUUAGUCAGUCAUCGCGACCCUGCACUUCAAAAAGUAUAGCAAAGCGAAGCAAGUAAGACGCGCACGCGUUUAAACACUAUUUCAAAAAAGGAUCGUUUUGAUUUAUCCGAAAUAAAUAUGGAGCUAGUUAUCCUUGUUAGCAGGAAAUUGUGGCCAUCAAUGUUAUUGCUUUUAUUCUUAACUGUGGGCUUCAUAAAUGGUUCACUCGCCUUUGACUAUUUCAAAGAAAAACCUUCCUAUAUAAAAUCUUGCAAAAUCUACGAGCCCGAAUUCACAAAAUGCUCAACACAAUCGAUUCAACGAUUUCUACAGGAAGUAUUUUCGGGCAAGGUUACGGAAGUUACAGACGCUGUAGGCAAACUGGAUCCAUUGCAUUUGGAUGAAAUAAAUUUCAAACAGGACAACAAUGAUGCGGCCACAUUGAGAGCACAUUUAACGAACUUGAUGAUAUCGGGACUUUCUAAUAUUCAAGUAACGGAGAGUAGAGUGAGUAAAAAAGACUUUAGCUGGUUGACAAAGUUAUUCUGUCCAAAAUUCAAAAUUGAGGGACACUAUAAAAUGGAUGGUCGUGUUCUUCUUUUGCCACUUAGGGGAGAAGGUCAAAUGCUCAUUGAUAUUGAUGCAAUGAACAUUACAAUGCGUACAAAAACACGCCUUAUUGAAAAGGGCGGCUUCACCUUCUACAAUGUCACUGAUGUAAAAGUGGAUCUCGAUGCCAUGAAGAUGAAUUCUCAAUUCGACAACCUGUUCGGUGGCAAUAACGAAGAAAUCAAUCGCAGCACCAAUGAGUCCUUCAACAAAAAUUGGAGAGAUUUCUUUGAGGCCUUGCGACCAUUGAUUACAGAUACGGUCGAUAAGAUUAUGUUCAGACUACUAGCAAAAUUGUUCCUCAUGUAUCCGGCAAGUUUCUUCGUUGAGGAUAUACCCACACCACAGAAGUUGUACGGCAAAGUUUAAGUUAGUUUUUCUUUUUAAUACUGAAAGCUUUAUAAAAUUUAAAAAUAAAAAUGACUUAUUUUCUUUAAACAA